AGAGAGCGUGAGCGCGCGUCCAGCAGCGGCGCGCAGCGUGCAGUGAGCUCAGACUCAGGAUGGAUCUCAGGGUUCUGCUGGUCAGUCUCUCAUGUCUCGGUUCUUCUGUGCACCUCAGCUCUUGUCAGACUUACGUCCUGAGCGACAGAGACGGUCUGGGGAGAGAGUUUGACGGGAUCGGAGGUUUGAGCGGUGGAGGGGCGACGUCUCGUUUACUGGUGAAUUACGCCGAGCCAUACCGCAGCCAGAUAUUAGACUUCCUGUUUAAGCCGAACUUUGGAGCCUCUCUGCACAUACUGAAGGUGGAGAUCGGAGGAGAUGCUCAGACCACAGAUGGAACGGAGCCGUCUCACAUGCACUACGAGAACGAUGAGAACUACUUCCGGGGCUACGAGUGGUGGCUGAUGAAGGAGGCCAAGAAGAGAAACCCGAACAUCACUCUGAUAGGUUUGCCCUGGGCGUUCCCGGGUUGGGUGGGACGUGGUAAGAACUGGCCGUAUGACUUCCCAGACAUCACUGCAGCCUACGUGGUGAACUGGAUCCUCGGUGCCAAGCAGUACCAUGACCUGGACAUUCAGUAUGUUGGGAUUUGGAAUGAGCGAAACUUUGACAGCAAGUACAUCAAGCUGCUGCGCUACACUCUGGAUAAGAGUGGUCUGGAGCGGGUCAGGAUCGUAGCCAGUGACAACCUGUGGCAGCCCAUUACCCUGUCUGUGCUGCUCGACCCCGAGCUCAGCAGCGCUGUAGACGUGAUAGGGGCUCACUACCCGGGCACCAUCACGGUGAAGGAGGCCGUGAAGACGCAGAAGAAGCUGUGGUCAUCAGAGGACUACAGCACUUUCAACGAUGAGGUGGGAGGAGGCUGCUGGGCCCGCAUCCUCAACCAGAACUACGUCAAUGGACUCAUGACUGCCACCAUCUCCUGGAACCUUGUGGCCAGCUACUAUGAAGAGCUGCCAUUCGGCAGAGACGGCCUGAUGACAGCUGAGGAGCCCUGGAGCGGCAACUACGUGGUGGACUCCCCCAUCUGGAUCACAGCCCACACCACACAGUUCACCCAGCCAGGAUGGAGCUACCUGCAGACUGUUGGACAUCUGGAACAAGGUGGAAGUUACGUCGCCCUGACUGACGGGAGAGGAAACCUCACUGUUGUCAUAGAAACCAUGACUCACAAUCAUUCAGUGUGCAUACGACCUCCGCUGCUUCCCUUCAACGUGACAUCCCAGAGUGCAACGUUCCAGCUGAAGGGAUCCUUUGCCUCCAUCAGCGAACUCCAAGUGUGGCGGUCGCAGUUCAACUUCAAAACCCAAAAACCCUCCUUCUUUGAGAAACUGACCCCCCUGAAGCUUGUAGAUGGAUCAUUCAUCUUACAUCUAGCUGAGGAUGAGGUUUACACGCUGACCACAGUUACAACUGGACAGAAAGGAAGUUACCCUGACCCGCCUCGCUCGGCCCGCUUCCCUAAAGUCUACAAGGACGACUUUAAUGUCCGAAACCCUCCCUUCUCAGAGGCUCCAAACUUUGCUGACCAGGCUGGGGUGUUUGAGUACUACAUCAACAUGACCGACCCCGGACCCCACGUCUUUACCUUCCGACAGGUUCUGACUGAGCGGCCCAUCACAUGGGCCACUGACGCUGCCCAGGCCAUCAGUGUCAUAGGAGACUAUCAGUGGCAGAACCUCACAGUCACUUGUGACGUCUUCUUGGAGAGCGUAAAGACCGGUGGUGUGUUCAUAGCAGCCAGGGUGGAUAAAGGAGGCGAUUUGGUCCGCAGCGCUAACGGAGUGUUCUUCUGGGUGUUUGCAGAUGGCACGUACAAAAUUACCAAUGAUCUGGCUGGAGAGACGGUACUGGCGGAAGGAAAGUCUGGUACCAGAGCGUAUGUGUGGCAAACCUUAUCGCUCACUGUGGAAGGUCAGUAUGCGUCCGUGCAGCUGAACGGAUACCCGCUGUGGAAGAACGCUGUGGUGCUGACGCCAAAGAACGGCUGGGCUGCCAUCGGCACGCAUUCGUUUGAACUGGCCCAGUUUGAUAACUUUGCUGUGGUGGCAGAGUGAUGGUUUUUAACUGUGGGUUACUAAUUUACACUAUGCUGUGAAUAUUGUGAUUAAUUUAUUGACUUGAUUUCACACUUCAGUAUGCAGAGAACAGAUGUGAUGAAAUGUUCUCUUAGUGAAGAUUGAAGGUGUCUGACUCGAGACUAAAGGGAAGAAGACGCACAUGAUGAAAUAAAAACACUGCAGCCGUGAUGAUUCUAUCUGAUGCAUUUUGUAAAUGAUUUUGAAAUAUGUGUUUUUUUUAUGGAAUAAAUGAUUUGUUAAACUUUUUUUGUUGUUUGAAAGAACAGCUUGGCUUUAAUCUACAUGUGAUGUGUUUCAGAUAAAUCAAAUAAAGAUGA